UUGAAUGUUCAUAUAAUUUAAAAAAUUAAAAUUUUAAUACAAAAUUUAGAGACGAACGUUGAUUUAAAUAUGGCGGGAGCACUACAUAAGCUUAACAUGUUUACUUCCAAAUUACUGGACAUAGAGAGAGAGAGUCAAGUUCUUGGUCGCCUUUCAGGAGCUUAUAGAAAGAAAAGCAAUGACGUACGUUUAAAAUGACACAAGCUCCAGCAGCAGUGAUGAACAAAAGUCUGUCGUCCCUCAAGUUCUCCAGAACCAGAACCACAAGCAAGCCAAUUGAUAAACUUUUCACUCACAAAACCUUCCAGGAAACACGACCAAACAACAAUCAACAACCAACCCCCAAAAACCCCCAUCCCAGAACCCAACAACAAAACUUAAUUUCCCUCAUAAAAUCAGGUACCCAGAAUUCCUUACUCCAAAUCCAUGCUCACCUUAUCCGUACAUCCCUUCUUCAAAACCCCACUUUUUCCCUCCGCUUUCUGUCCUGCCUUUGUUUCUCCCCCUUCCGUGAUCUCCGCUAUUCCCGCCAUUUUUUCUCUCAAAUCGAUAAGCCAUCUGCCUCUCACUACUCCACUCUUAUAAGAGCUUACUCUUCCAGCGAUUCACCUAAAGAUGCCUUCUUUCUCUACAAAGAAAUGACUCAAAAAGGCCUGAAGCCUGACCCUGUAUCAUCUUCUUUUGUCCUUAAGUCUUGUAUGAAAUUUUCUUCUCUUUUUUGUGGUUUACAGAUUCAUGGAAGGAUUUUAGGAGAUGGGUUUCAAUCAGACUCUCUUUUGCUUACUACAUUGAUGGAUUUUUAUUCAAGUUUCGCUAGCCGUGACGAGGCUUGUAAAGUGUUUGAUGAAAUUUCUAAGAAGGACACAGUCGCCUGGAAUGUAUUGAUUUCUUGUUAUUUACGUAAUGGUAGGACUAGGGAUGUGCUAAUGUUGUUUGAUAGCAUGAAAAAUGAGGGUGCUUGUAAACCUGAUGAUGUUACUUGUCUCCUUGUUGUACAAGCUUGUGCUAAUUUGGGGGCGUUGGAUUUUGGCGAAAAGGUUUAUGGUUAUAUUGAGGAAUGUGGUUAUGGGGUUUCUCUUAAUCUGCGUAAUUCACUUAUAGCAAUGUAUUCUCGGUGUGGAUGUUUGGAAAAGGCUUAUGGUGUUUUUAAGGGAAUGCCAGAGAAGAAUGCUAUUUCAUGGAGUGCUAUGAUAUCAGGUUUGGCAAUGAAUGGAUAUGGGAGAGAUGCUAUUCUAGCUUUUGAAGAGAUGCAGAGAAUGGGGAUUGCGCCGGAUGAGCAGACAUUUACUGGAGUUCUUUCUGCUUGUAGUCAUUGUGGUUUAGUAGAUGAAGGGAUGGAGUUCCUUCAUCAAAUGAGCAAAGAGUUUGGAAUAGAGCCUAAUAUUCAUCAUUAUGGAUGCAUUGUUGACCUUUUAGGUCGUGCCAGUUUGCUUGAUCAAGCAUAUCAGGUUAUUAUAUCAAUGGGGCUAAAGCCAGAUGCAACAAUAUGGAGGACCUUGCUUGGUGCUUGCAGAAUUCAUGGCCAUGUUACCCUUGGAGAACGUGUAAUUGAACAUUUGAUUGAACUUAAGGCUCAAGAAGCAGGGGAUUAUGUUUUACUACUGAAUAUAUAUUCAUCAGAUGGUAAGUGGGAGAAGGUAACAGAGUUGAGGAAGUUUAUGAAGGAGAAAGGCAUCCAAACAACACCUGGCUGUAGUACAAUUGAGUUGAAAGGAGUGGUACAUAACUUUAUUGUGGAUGACAUUUCACAUCCACGAAAACAUGAGAUCUAUGAUAAGCUAGAUGAGAUUAAUAAGCAGUUGAAGAUUGCUGGCUACGUUGCUGAAAUUACAUCUGAAUUACACGAUUUAGGUGCAGAAGAAAAGGCUCAUGCACUCUCUUAUCACAGUGAGAAGCUGGCUCUUGCUUUUGGGGUUCUUGCAACUCCACCUGGCACAACAAUAAGAGUGACCAAGAAUCUUCGUAUUUGCGUUGAUUGUCACAAUUUUGCAAAGUUUCUUUCUGGGGUCUACAACAGGAAGGUAAUUGUUCGAGAUCGCAUGAGAUUUCAUCAUUUCAGAGAUGGAGGCUGCUCAUGUAAUGACUAUUGGUAGGGAUUUUUCAAGCUUGGACAAAAAAAAAUGGCUCAAUUCAUACUAAAAAAUGGGGAAGUGAACUGUAGGGAUUUUUUGGCAGAUUAGCAGAGCUGACCUGAGUGUUAGCUUUCAUCUGUUAACUAAAUCAUUUCAGUUCCUACUCAAGUGACUUCAGAACUGGUACAUCUGUUUACUGAUCUGUUGAAUAGGUUCUCCGUAUUUGCCUCUGUUGUCUAUUUGGUCUGUUGAUCGACAUUGCAGAUAUUAAACAGGACAUCCCUACCUCAGAUCUAGCUCUAUUCUGUAUUACUGCACAUAAGUCGUCAUAAACCCUAACUCUGUUCACAAACUCAAAACUAGUGACCUGAGUGGUGUAGCUUACAAAUAAAAGAUUGGGUGCAUAAUAAGUGACAAAUCCUUCUCUUCUGGAUUGUGUCAAAUAGUUAGCUCUGGGCUUGGUUAUGAAACCUCAGUGAAGAUUGUUGCUAAGUUCAAAGAAAAUUGCAGAAGGUCAAUACUUGAUCAUGAUUCAAACAGAGAAGAUGAGAUGGGAUAUUGUAAGGUAAGAUUAUAUGUAUGAUCUGAUCGCUUACUUUAUUUUGGUUGUCUGUUGCGCCCUAAAGCAGUGCUCAUUGGAGUUCAGAGUAGAAUGAAAGCUGCUGCAGAGAUCUCUUUGGCUGAUUGUACAGUGAGAGAGUCGUAGACAGUUCUCCAAGAUGAGCUUCAGCCAAGGGGAGGAACUAUGAAGAAUAACUCUUGGCCUAAACUUAAGACUGAAGCAGGAGAGAAACAAGUCGACGAUGUAUGUCUUCCACAGAAGACCUGGAUGAGUUGAGCAUUAUGAUCGGCACAAGUAUAACUUGAUUGGCUUGAUCAUAGCUAAAGCAACAAGGAUUUCAGUGAUAAAUAUUCGUCGUGAAGCUGGCAUUGAACUGUAAAUCGCUUAUUUCUCUUUCUAGUGAAUGAAAAGAUUUACAAGUUAUUUGUU